GCUCGAUUAAGGCCAGGUAGAAAGAACAUAAAUUCUUCUACAAAAAAUCAAACGAUCAAAAAAUACAAAUUUCUACACAAUGUCGUCAUUCCUUGCUCCCUACGCAGCUGAUCACAAAUACUUGAAUGGGGAGGGUGAUGCCCGACCAACCGCGUUGAAAGUAAUCCGUGACCAAGAUCUAGAAGGUAAGCUGGGUGGAAAGGUUUUCUUGAUCACUGGCGGCACUGGCGGAAUUGGCUACCAAACCGCGCGAGCAAUCCAUGCUACCGGUGCAGAUGUAUACAUUACUGGGCAGAAUCGCGAGAAAGGUGAAAACGCCGUCAAGUCUUUGACAGUGGAUGGGAAACCAGGAAAAGUCGUUUUCUUGGAAAUGUAUCUCGACUCGUUAGAGAAUAUUCGUCAAGUCGCGAGCGAAUUCUUGGAAUUGUCGGGUGGAAAAUUGAAUGUUCUUAUUUGCAAUGCUGGUGUUAGAGGCUACCCAAAAGAUCAAACCAAAGAUGGAUUUGAGCAGCACUUUGGGAUCAAUCACUUAGGUCAUUUUGCCCUAUUCCAGGCCGUCAAGGAUGCACUCAUAUCCUCCUCGACGCCAUCCUACAACUCAAGAGUGGUCUGUCUCUCUGCACAAGGACAUCGGCAAUCAAAGAUUCGCUUCGGCGAUUACUUCUUUGAUAACAAUCCUGAAGAGUAUCAGCCUUUACUAGCAUAUGCGCAAUCCAAGACUGCCAAUAUCUAUAUGGCCCUCGAAGUCGAUCGUCGUUUUUCGGCACAGGGUGUUCGAGGGCUCGCAGCCCACCCAGGUAUAAUUCUCGGUACUGAUCUCAACAGGAAAACACCGGCCGAUCAAAUGGCAGCUCUGGCGCAAAACCCAGCAAUCCAAGCUAAUUUGAAAAAUUCUAAACAAGGCGCGGCUACUACAGUCUGGGCAGCCACUGCGAGGGAGUGGGAAGGGAAGGGGGGCAAAUUCCUGGAAGAUGUGUCAGAAAGUCAGCCGUUCGACGUUAAUUCACCACCGCUCAGCCCUGGAUACGCUGAGCAUGUGUAUGACGCUGAAGCUGCGAGUAGAUUAUGGGAUGAGAGUGUGAAGAUGAUACAAACUGCAGCAUAAGUUAUAGCAUGCUGAGGCUCUUAUUAACCCAACAGAUUUUGAUGAAGAGUAUAGAGACAGCACGAAACUCGCUUUUCAAUAUCUGAAUCAGCAGAAGAAACAUCAUAGUGUCAUCAAGGAGUGAAUAGAACCAACCAACCAAUCAAGUAAACUCCAUAUUGAUGGGAGAUAAAUAAAUUAAGCUAAAUGCCUAUUUUUCUUUUGAGGAAGCAAUUC